GCCGGGGCCUGGCGGUAACCUUGGGUCCUUGCCGCCGCAUCUGUCGCCGCACUGCCGCCGCCACCGCUGCCGCCGAGGUGAACCUUGUGAGUCCGAGCGUCAGCCCGGGUCAGGCUCAUUAGCUGCCGGGAGCCGCCGGUAUCACGAAGGAGGACGUUGAGGGCCGAGGGGAGCAGAAACCGCGGGCGCGGGAACUCCUAGUCGACAUGUCUCUGGUGGCGGAAGCCUUCGUCUCCCAGAUCGCAGCUGCAGAACCUUGGCCUGAAAAUGCUACAUUAUAUCAGCAACUAAAAGGGGAGCAAAUUUUGCUUUCUGACAAUGCAGCUUCUCUUGCUGUGCAGACCUUUUUGCAGAUGUGUAAUCUGCCCAUCAAAGUGGUUUGUAGGGCGAAUGCAGAAUAUAUGUCUCCAUCUGGUAAAGUACCUUUUAUUCAUGUGGGAAAUCAAGUAGUAUCAGAACUUGGUCCAAUAGUCCAAUUUGUUAAAGCCAAGGGCCAUUCUCUUAGUGAUGGGCUGGAUGAAGUCCAAAAAGCGGAAAUGAAAGCUUACAUGGAAUUAGUCAACAAUAUGCUAUUGACUGCAGAGUUGUAUCUUCAGUGGUGUGAUGAAGCUACAGUAGGGGAGAUCACUCAUGCUAGAUAUGGAUCACCUUACCCUUGGCCUCUGAAUCAUAUUUUGGCCUAUCAGAAACAGUGGGAAGUCAAGCGAAAGAUGAAAGCUAUUGGAUGGGGUAACAAGACUCUGGACCAGGUCUUGGAAGAUGUAGACCAGUGCUGUCAAGCUCUUUCUCAAAGACUGGGAACACAACUUUAUUUCUUCAAUAAGCAGCCUACUGAACUAGAUGCACUGGUAUUUGGGCAUCUGUACACCAUUCUUACCACACAGUUGACCAAUGAUGAACUUUCUGAGAAGGUGAAAAACUAUAGCAACCUCCUUGCUUUCUGUAGAAGAAUUGAACAGCAUUAUUUUGAAGAUCGUGAUAAAGGCAACUCACCUAUCAGGUUGUCUUAGAGUUACUAAUUAAUUAUUUUUUAAAAAUCCAACUUUUGAAAUAUAUAUUACUUUAAUAUUAUAAUAGAUAAUGGUAUCAGAAUUUUAAAACCAAAAACACUGCUUUUGGAAACCUCAAAACAUAUUAUAUAAUAUAUCCUUUACAUGUACUUAAUACUGUUCUUUGUGUACACAUUAAAAUAAUUCUGAAUUAUUCCAUUUGAUAUAAUGUACUCUGUAUCUUGAAAUUUUUGUUUCCUUGAAACAUGUAUAAAAAUAAAAGUAAAGCUUAACAACUGUGUGGAUGUUAUAUAUAUAUAUAUAUUUAUCUUUCCAAAACUCUCCUCACUGAGCUUUAUACAUGUGAAUAAACAGUGCCUUUUCUAAGGCAAGUCAUUUGGGUUAUAUACUCCAGAUUACUUUGAUGGAUAUAUGGUGAGCCUGAUCAUUGGGACAAUGUUCUUAACAAGUACGUAUUUAGAAAAUGUGAAUGUUUAAAUGAUUAAAUCUUAUAAUAGAUUAACAUUUAAAAUCAUUCUUUAUCUAUGAACUUAACUGACUUAAAACAUUUCAUCAGAGCAGCUAUAAUUUACAUUUGAUAAAGGGGUAGGUUCAUGGAUCUUAUUUUUUUAAGAUGACGAUCCAUAGGUCAGUGUUUAUUUUUCCCCCCUGAAAUGGUCUGUCUUUAUUAUGCCAACAGAAAACAAAAAAAAAUCCCCUGAGUAUAAACAGGAGAAAUGUGCUGGUUAAAUUGCUCAUCAUUAUUUUAUUAUAAACAAAAUAAAGCACUAUCGUUUGCAGUCAUAAAAAAGAAACAGCCUGGAGAGAAGUAGGGACUGGGGACAGGGAGGGAAGGGAAACAGAAAAGAUGAGGGUUUGGGAGGAGGCACUGAAUUCUACAUUUGCUCCUGUGGGAUUUGGGGUUCCCUUCCUACCCUGACCCCAGACCUGUUCUGGAUCUUUGCUAUUUUAUUCCUUUUGCAGGGGAGGGAGGAUACUUUCCACAGGAAUAUCAAUGGAAAUAUCUAUGUGAGCUCUAAGGAUUAUAUUUUAUCUCCUCAAAUCUUCUAGUAUUUUAUAUUUUAUAAAACCAGAAAGAGGCUGUAAAGAGUCAGAAUGUCUGGAAAUUGUGGUACUUGAAAUUUCUAGAAAAUGUCUAGAAUGAUGAUAGUGCUAAGGUAUUUUCUUUUUAUAUUCCAGGCAUUUUUAACUCAUUUAAUCCUUACAGCAACACUAUGAGAGUUAUUAUCCCGGUUACAGGUAAGGAAAUGGAGACACAGAAAGGUUAGUAACUUGCCCAAGAUCAUGGAGCUGAUAAGUAAAGGAGUUAGAAUUCAAACCCAGGCAGUCUGGCAGCAGUUUGGCUUUGAACAACUAGGCUUUUUGUUUGUUUGUUUGUUUGUUUUAAAAGAUUAUAGAUUUUUACCAGAUAAAGGAUAUGUUAGGUUCUACUGAGUAUAAAUCCCACAUAAACUUUGGGUACUCUCUUUGAGCUAUAAAGCUGUUACACUAUCCUAAAUGAAUUUCGUAAUGUGUAUUAUUAUUAAAAUUAAAAAUACUCAGUUGCCUGUGUUUUUGUACAAUUUUAAUGACUAUUUAUUUGUAUAUAUUUUUGUGUAUUUCUUUUUUUAUAUAGUGAUUUUUUUUUUAUAACAAUGAUCGCAUUCAUUUACUUGUACAAAUAUCAUUUGUACCCCAGAAUACAAAAUCUAGACUUUUGUCUUUGAGGUUUUUGGACAUAAAAAUACUAAGUCAACAUGGGCUGUGAUAGCUUAAUCUUAUUAUUACAACUGGUUGUAUUCUUAAUAAGAGGAACAUUGAGAGACAGUGGUUGUUUAUUCCAGUUAGGCUGUAUAUUCUUAAGACUUACUGUCUAUAGAUCACCCGAGAGAGGUCUUAUUUCCCUCUCUUAUUGAGGUGAGUCACUAUCUAAACAGAUUGUAUAAGAAAAUGGAAACCUUGAUAUCCCAUUAUGGUGAUUCAGUUUUUUGCCUUUACUUUUAAAAUUUGGGUCUCUGCAGUUGAGUCACAGUAGCUAAAAAUUAUCACUGAAAAAUCAGCGAUGCUUGUUCCCAUUUACUGUUUGCUGACAAAAAAGCUAAAUAUUUUGCUGCCAAAUAUUGUGUGUAUUUUGAAUUUUUAAAUAAGUAGCAUGCACCUUAUUUGAAUAAAAUUUUAAAUCAUAAGUAAUUUUUCAGAAUGUAGUUUUAAAUGUGAGAAACUAUAAAUCAAGAUAUACAAUCUGCAGUAUCUUUGAUGACUUCUGAAUAAUGUGCAUUAUUGGGUUUAAUAUAAGUUUAUCUUCUAUGAAACCUUUAGAAGUCCAAUUUGUUGCUUUUUAAUUGAUUUGAAUGUUGGAUAAGUAGCUAUAGUAUUAAUGUGUUGGGUACCCUAAAUCUAGGAAAAGUUGAAAUUAUAAAAUAUGUUAAUCAGAGAAAUUCACUAAUAAUAUGGCUUCCUAAUGCUUUUGACUAAUAGAUAAUGAGUUGUAUUUUUCUUACUGUUGUGUCUAUUAAUGGGAAAUAGGUAAAAUGUGCCUGGAUAUUGAGGUAUUUCAAGAUACUACAUUCUGUAAAAAAAAAAAUGAACAUGAUAUAAAUAACUUUGGAAUUAAUUUAAUGUCAUUGUUUUAAAGUAUUAUAGCCAGCUGUUUCUUAGACAAUUUUUUGUAGUAUUUCUCAACCAUUUGUAGCCACAUAAGUGAAACGUUUUGUAAAUUUUAUUAUGCCUUAAAUAAAAGAAAAUAUUAAAAAGUUUGGUUA